GUGCAGAUAAUUGCUCACACACACAGAAGAGAGACAGAGAGAGAAACAGACAGAAAGAGUUAGAGGAAAAGUUGAAAAAUCUCAAGAGUUUCUCAGGAAUGCUGUUGAUCUGAGGUUUUUGUUGUUAAAGUUUAAAAGCAUCCAGAAUGACAAGUUUCACCCUCCGUCUGUUCCAGCUGACUGCCAUGACUAUAGGCGUGAUUCUGCUCUGCUCAGCUCUUGAAAUCAAUCCCAGCGUUCCAGAGGUCAUUCUCUCCACAAAAUCCUCUCUCAACAUCACCUGCUCCGGCUGGGCAAAUGUCACCUGGCGCUUCAAACGAGAGGAGAACGUUCCACACUUCCACAUUAAAAACCAAAGUCCCACCUCCAGCGUUCUGAGUCUAGAGAAUGUGACUUGGAGACACACGGGUGUUUAUGCGUGUUCUGAGAACGGCACCAAUGACACACGAGAGCUGACCGUUUUUGUGCCCGAUCCUGAGGCUUGGUUCCUCUACAACGAUUACGUGAUGGUGACUAAGACUCGUAAGGAGGGAACGAUCCCGUGCCUGGUCACAGAUCCACGGAUAAACGUCACACUGUUGGAGAAAGACAGCGAGAUGCCGGUGGAGGGCUCGUACAACCCCAGCGUGGGCUACACUGCCGCCCUGGAGGACAGAACCUAUAAAUGCAGAGGAGAGCUGAACGGCCAGGAGAAAGACUCCAUCAGUUUCUACGUCUUCACUGUCAUGGCUCCUGAGGCUCUGGAACCCUUCAUCAACGCCUCCAGAACUGUGCUGAAACAGGGCGAGACGCUGAACGUCAACUGUACCGUUCACGACGUGGAGCUCGUCUUCUUCUCCUGGAAUUUUCCCAACAAAGAUGCCGGGAAUAUUGAACCCUUGACAGAUGUUCUGUCCUCAAUGAGCAUGCGCUCUUGUCUCAACAUCACAAACGUCACUCUGGCCAGCUCUGGAGAGUAUGUGUGUCAUGCACAUGAGGGUGUAGAGAACCUGAGAGCUUCAGCAAACAUCACCAUCACUGUUCUGGAGAAAGGGUUUGUGGAUCUGAGAUCUCAUCUGGACAGAAACAUGUCAGCGCAGCUCGAUGAGAACAUCGAGCUGAAAGUAGAGAUGGAUGCAUACCCCAAACCCACCGUCCACUGGACCAAAGACGGAGGCGUUAUUCACGGGGAGAACAUGAGACAGACACACGAGACCAGGUUCGUCAGCACAUUGACCCUGGUGAGGAUCCGACUGGAGCAGAUGGGUCUCUACACUGUCAGUGCCCAGAAUGAAGACGACUUUAAAAACAUGACCUUUGACCUCGAGGUGAAAGUUCCUCCUCAGAUAACCCAACUCUCUGAUCAUCCGCUGUCGGGGAGGAGACUUGCGGUCAUCUGUGUAGCGGAGGCCGUGCCGUCUCCCAGCAUUCAGUGGUUCAGCUGUGACAGUAUGCACAAAUGCAGUAACAGAAGUGCAGUAUGGAGCCCUCUAGGGGAGGAUCCAGAGAGCAUCACCAUCCAGACGAACAUCACCUACAACAGCACACGCAAGAUCCAUCAGAUUCACAGUCAGGUGACUUUCCUCCGGCCGCAGCUGCUCACCGUCCGCUGUGAAGCCAGAAACGAGAGAGGAGCUCGAGCCAGAGACAUCAGACUGGUGAACAGCACAUUGUUCUCACAGGUUGCUGUUCUUGCUGCUGUUCUGGCACUGGUGGUCAUUGCCAUCAUCUCCAUCAUCAUCCUCAUCGCUGUGUGGAGGAAGAAACCGCGCUAUGAAAUCAGAUGGAAGGUCAUUGAAUCGGUCAGUGUGGAUGGACACGAGUACAUUUAUGUUGACCCCAUUCACCUGCCGUAUGACCUGACGUGGGAGAUGCCACGAGACAGUCUGUUGCUGGGUCGUACGUUGGGUUCUGGAGCGUUUGGACGUGUCGUGGAGGCGACGGCGUAUGGUCUCGGCCGUUCUCAAUCCACCACCAAAGUGGCAGUAAAGAUGCUGAAAUCGACCGCUCGGAAGAGCGAGACGCAAGCUCUGAUGUCUGAACUGAAGAUCAUGAGUCAUCUUGGUCCUCAUCUGAACAUCGUGAACCUGCUGGGUGCCUGCACCAAACAAGGUCCGCUGUACCUGGUAACAGAAUACUGUCGCUAUGGUGAUCUGGUGGAUUACUUGCACAGGAACAAGCACAGCAUCCUCCAGUACCACACUGACAAGAACCACAUCGCCAACGGCAACAGCGGCCUGCUCUGUAAUGAUGCUGAUGCAGUGGCAGGAAAGGAAUACGUGACGUUUGUCAGCGAGUGUGAUGGAGGAUAUAUGGACAUGACCAAAGAUGAAGAACAGACCGAGUAUGUUCCAAUGCAGGAGCUCACGGACACUAUCAAGUACGCUGACAUCCAGCCGUCACCAUACGAGUCCCCUUACCAGCAGGACAUCUAUCAGGAGCAAGGUCACAGAGUGGACCGCUCUCUGGUCAUCAGUGAUUCUCCGGUUCUGAGUUACAUUGAUCUGGUGGGUUUCAGUUAUCAGGUGGCUAAAGGCAUGGAGUUUCUCGCAUCAAAGAACUGUGUUCAUCGAGAUCUGGCAGCUAGAAACGUUUUGAUCUGUGAAGGCAAACUGGUUAAGAUCUGUGACUUUGGGCUGGCCAGAGACAUCAUGCAUGACAACAACUACAUCUCCAAAGGCAACACGUUUCUCCCUCUGAAGUGGAUGGCACCAGAGAGCAUCUUUCAUAACUUGUACACCACGCUGAGUGACGUCUGGUCUUAUGGCAUCUUACUGUGGGAGAUUUUCACUCUCGGAGGAACUCCGUAUCCAGACCUGCCGAUGAAUGAAUUAUUUUACAGCGCUCUGAAGAGAGGUUACCGCAUGACCAAACCCACAUACGCCACAGAUGACAUCUAUGAGAUCAUGAAGAAAUGUUGGGAUGAGAAGUUUGAGAAACGUCCAGAGUUCUCCUUUCUAGUGCACUCAAUGGGGAACCUUCUGUCGGACGGAUAUAAAAAGAAAUAUUCUCAAGUCAGCGAUAGUUUUCUGAAGAGCGAUCACCCUGCUGUGGUUCGUGUGAAGCCGCGGGUUUCCUCAUCGUUUUCGGGCACCAUCUCUCCCUCUGGGUUUCCUCCAGGACUUCUGCCCGACCCAACUCCUCGUCCACAGAGCGACCCGCACAACGAAUACAUCAUUCCCAUCCCCGACCCAAAGCCAGAGAACGACACUGAGGAUGUGAUGGUGCCGGUGGAAAGCCCCCUGAGCUCAAUGAGCUCCGAUGAGGAGACGGUCUCUAUGGAAACCCCCAGUACUGAACCUGAGCAGAAACAUCAUUCAGGAACCCCAGAUGUGGAAGAAAGUUUUCUGUGACAUUCAAUACUAUAUUCAUGCAGCAGUCUUUAGAUUUUAGCAACUGUUUUUUUUAAGUUCCUUGUAGCAAAAUUGCACUUUAGCAUUUAUGGCUAAUUGAAGCAAAUAGAUGAAACAAGUUGAAGUAAAUAUAUGUUUUUCUCUAGUUCUCUGGUGAGAGAACAUUAUUUAACUCAUUUGUGUUCUAUAACUAAGUUUAAAUGAUGAUGAACUCAAGGUACAUCACAAGUCAUUAUUUGCAAACACUUACGGUAUGAAAGUAUCUCUUUAAGUUCUUUAAGUUUUCUUUAAGGGAUUCAAAAGUAUUUCUGACUUUAACACUAGGCAUUUUAUGUACACACAUGUAAGACUUUAUUAAAUUGCACAAUUCAAUACACAUUUACUAGAGAAGUUUCACACUCAAAGGUACCAAAGCUUCAUGUAUGUUUACAAGUAUAUUUUUGUAUAGAUAUUUUGUACAUUG